AUGUCUCUGAUUCCAUUCUUGCUCAGUGACCCAUUCGACUACCCAGUCAGCAGGCCAUCCAGAAUCCUGGACCAACACUUUGGACUUGGACUCAACCACGACGAUAUUUUCCAACCCUUGAAUCUGAACAACCGUUUGCUGACAAGAACCCCAGCUGGUUAUUUGAGAAACUGGCGUUCUGAACUUGCUAACCAAGACACCGGUUCCACAGUGAGUUUCGACAAAGACAAGUUCCAAGCCAACUUGGAUGUUCAACAAUUUAAACCGGAAGAAAUUACCGUCAAAGUUACCGAUGAAAAUGUUUUGACCAUUGAAGGAAAGCACGAGGAACAACAGGACGAGCAUGGAUAUAUUUCCAGGCAUUUUGUGCGAAGAUAUGUUUUGCCAAAGAACUGCGAUAUGGGAAAAAUUACAUCCAGUUUGUCUUCUGACGGAGUUUUGACCAUCACUGCUCCAACUGUUGAGAAAAUGGAAAUUGAGCAUAAGACCAUUCCAAUUACCCAAACUGGAGAACCGGCCAAAGCGCAGCCACAACAAGCCCAACCUGUUGAACAAAAAGGAAAGUAA